GCGCCGGUUUGUUAAUUUUCGCAUGGCACAAACCAGUAGCUUACCCGGCGCCGGGUAGGCCUUAUACCCGGCGCCGGGUAGGACAAAAUUUCCAGUUUUCCCUGCACACAACGAAGAACCGGCGCCGGGUAGGCUUGAAACCGGCGCCGGGUAGGUCCGAUUAUGCACAAAACAGACCAACGUGCAAGAGGAUUUUUGAUGGGAAAACUUCAUCUUCCUCAAGUGUGAUCAAAUAUUGCUUCCAUACCUUAUUGUUGGGCUCGAAUAGACUAAAAGAUGUCAUUCUUUAGCCUAUAUAAAGCCCUCAAUUCAUCAUUCAAACACAUUCCAUUCCAUAGAUUAAUUCCUAGCUUUUAUAUUUUGUUCUUGCUAUUUUUCUUCAAGUUCUUGAGGAGGAAACUUCAACCUCCGAAAUCAUUGGUGUUUAGGUAUUAUUUCCUUUGUAAUUUUAUGUUCCAUUACAUUUCAAUAUUGUAUUGUGAUUAAUAUGAGUAUUAGAGGCUAAUUUCUUAGCUAAGGCUAGGGAUGAACUUCUAUGCCCACUAGGUGUUUGAUAAAAGUUCUAAACCAAUAAAUUGUGAUUUAUCCUUUACAUUUUGAUUGUUUAUGACUAUGGUGUACAACAUAGAAGUAUGUUAAACUUAGUUUAUGCUUGCAAUUAACGUUGAGGUCUAAACUAUGAACAUUAAAGGAUAAACAUAUAUAUUACCGAGAAUAGAAAUAUAUCCGGUAUUAUAUGAUACGGGUGUGAUGUCUUGAUAUUCAACGGGGUUUUCGGUAGAUGAAUGUAAGCCGUAACGGAACUUACACGUAACGAAAACCACGCUCUCGCUGCCUUAACCGGAGUUGAGAAUAUAUUAGCGAUAUCGUAUUCAUAAUUAUUGGUAAAGAACUAAUAUUCAACCCUAUUAAAGCAUUUAAGUGAUUCCCGAAGCCUUAGCCGUUGUUAUUCUUCUUAAAUCCGAAUUAAUCAAGGUUAUUUCCUUGAAUUAAAAGUGAAAAGCCAAAAAUAUAAAACACAACUCAAAAUCCCUGCACUUUACUCAUUUCAAUAUAUAAAGUUAUCUACUCUCGGACUUGAAUUAAACAACGUUUCCCUGUGGAUUCGACCCGGUAUUUUACCGGAAUUUAUUACUAUAUCGGCACUUGUACACUUGCAAGUUCAGCCCGGUCAAGUUUUUGGCGCCGUUGCCGGGGAAACUAUCUUGUUUAAAAAAGUCCAAACAAUCAAAAAUCCUGAAUUUAUUUUAUUUAUUACUUUUCACAACUUCACUUGAUCUUGGAAGGAUUUUUGUUUUUUCUUGUGUAGAUAUUCCCUUGUGUUUGCAUGCAAUUGAGAGGUCAAGGUUCUAAAAUUCUUGAACCACUUGAUCUUGAAAAAGAAAAAACUUGCAAACACAUUCGAAGGGAGCAAAAAGCUACAAAGAUAUUGCCAACUUUGAAUGAGAGGAAGAGGCCCGUGGUUGCCACCAGUCCCUCAUGUAUUGUCCUAAGCGAAGCGGCUCGGGACUAUGAAAUGAAAAAUAGCUAUUUCAAUGCUAUGCCUCAAUUUCAUGGUCUUCCGGGGGAGAAUCCACUUAACUUCAUCACCGAGUUCUAUGGGUUCAUCCAAGGAAUCCCUAGACAUGGUCUCACCGAGGACGAUCUCAAACUUAAAAGCUUCCCCUACACUUUGAAAGGGGCAGCAAGGGGAUGGUUCUUAGAGCAAGCACCGACAAGCUUUACAACGUGGGAAGGUAUCUAUAAUGCUUUCAUUUCCAAGUAUUACACAUCCACUAUGACUCAAGAGCUAAGACAACGAAUCUUCAACUUCAAACAACAAGUUGGGGAAUUAUUCCAAGACGCAUGGAGGCGUUUCAAAUCAUUGCUAAGGGAAUGCACACAUCAUCGCAUUCCUCUUGAUCUUCAAAUUGACACAUUCUACAAUGGUUUGAACUCUUCAUGUCAAGCCAUUGUAGACAACCGUGCGGAGGGCUAUAUUGGCAAUAAAACUGAAACGGAAGCAUUAAGAAUCCUUGAAUCUAUUGCUUCAAAUCCUCAAUUACAAGGAGGAGAUGUCAAAUUGGCCGGUGUGAGCAAAGUGUCUAUAGCUCAUGAAUUAGACAAACGGUUUGCUGAUUUUCAACAAGCCAUGCACAAAGAUCUUCAAGCUUCUAUUCACACGGCUCUACAAGCCGUAAUUGGAGGGGCUAGUCAAGUGUCAAAUGUGGAAAGCAUAGCACAACCGGAAGGUAAUUCACCUCAAACUCUUGAAGAAGUGAAUUAUAUGAACUCAUAUGGGAAUAGGGGGAAUCGAGGAGGCAACAACUACAAUAAUCAACCAAGGUUUAACCAAGGAAAUUCUUGGAGACCACAAGGAGGUCCUUCUAACCCCCCAUCCAAUUUUGCGCAAGGGCAAAAAGAGCAAACAAUGGAGGAGAUGAUGAUAGCUCUCACUCAAAAUGUUGUGGCUAUAAAAGUCCAAAAUGAGGAAAAUCAUAGUAGAGUGGAGGCAUCCAUUGGGAAUCUCCACUCUCAAUUCAACAAGUUGGAUCUUCGCUUUGAAGAUCAAAAUAUAAAGCUCAACCAACGCAUUGAUACCAUCGAGCAAUAUACCACAAAGUUUUUACUUUAUUAAUCCUCGUGUCGGUCAAACUUGACAAAGUUUUAAGGAACGGAGGUAGUAUAUAUAGUUGCAUUAAAAAAAGUUAGCUUUUAUAACAUCUGAGUGAAACACAUGGACGUCUGGUGUACCACCAUCUACAUUUGUGUUAUCCGGGUCUGAGUGAACACAUAUAUAAAAAAAAAUGAUUAUGAUAGAGUAUAUAGACUCGGACCCCCGGGUCUCAUGACUAUUGGGCCCGGACAGCGGCCCACAUACGCUCAAUAGAUAGCAUUUAUCUCAUUGUACACUCUAUUUUAUUCAUGUAUAUCCAUUAGAAUAGAUUAAAUACAAUUUAUUAGCCAUUUAUUGGCCUUUUAUUGUAACUGGGCCAGCCAGGCCCAAGCCUGGAAGUUCAGCCCUCUUUUCUCCUAUAAAUAUUCCCUAUGGGAGCCAUGUAAAGGAUUGGAAGGCUGGAAGUUGGAAAUUCAUUUUAUACAUA